ACGCGACCGGAGCUCCGUUGACGCGCAGACAGCAGCAGAGCCUCAAUUCGGCCGGAACUUCUUCCCCCGCCUGCGUUCGCAUCCCGCCGUGGAAUCUCUCACCCGCCAGGGAGCCGCCAUGGAUGAGAUGGAGGAAGAGUUGAAAUGCCCCGUGUGCGGCUCUUUUUUCCGGGAGCCCAUCAUACUGCCGUGCUCCCACAACAUCUGCCUGGCGUGUGCCCGGAAUAUCCUCGUGCAGACCCCCGACGCGGAGUCCCCGCGGAGCAGCCGAGCCUCCGGAUCCGGCGUCUCCGACUACGACUAUCUGGAUCUGGACAAAAUGAGCUUGUACAGCGAGGCGGACAGCGGGUACGGCUCCUACGGGGGCUUCGUCAGCGCCCCGACCACCCCGUGUCAAAAAUCACCAAACGGGGUGCGGGUUUUCCCCCCAGCCGCCCCGCAGCCCGCCCCGCAACAGCACCUGCUGCCGCAGCCCGGCUCGCUGCCCCCGAUCCCCCGCAACUCCUGCAUCACCUGCCCGCAGUGUCACCGCAGCCUCAUCCUGGACGAGCGGGGGCUUCGCGGAUUCGCUAAGAACCGGGUGCUGGAGGGGGUCGUGGACCGGUAUCAGCAGAGCAAAGCGGCCGCGCUCAAGUGCCAGCUGUGCGAGAAGAGCCCCAAGGAGGCCACCGUGAUGUGCGAGCAGUGCGACGUCUUCUACUGCGACCCGUGCCGCCUGCGGUGCCACCCUCCCCGCGGUCCCCUCGCCAAGCAUCGCCUGGUGCCGCCGGCGCAGGGCCGGAUAAGUCGCCGCGCGAGUCCCCGCAAGACCUCCACGUGCACGGAGCACGAACUGGAGAAUCUAAGCAUGUACUGUGUGCAGUGUAAGAUGCCCGUGUGUUACCAGUGUUUGGAGGAGGGCAAACACGGCACGCACGAAGUCAAAGCUUUGGGCGCGAUGUGGAAACUGCACAAGGGUCAGCUGUCUCAAGCCCUCAACGGCCUGUCAGACCGAGCCACCGAGGCCAAAGAGUUCCUCAUCCAGCUGAGAAACAUGGUGCAACACAUCCAGCCUGUGCCUGUUGUGUUGCAGGAGAACGGAGUGGAGUUUGAAGCCUGUUUGGUGGCGCAGUGCGACGCCCUCAUCGACGCCCUGAACCGGCGCAAGGCCCAGCUGUUGGCUCGAGUAAACAAGGAGCACGAACACAAACUGAAGGUGGUUCGGGAUCAGAUCUCCCACUGCACGGUGAAGCUGCGUCAGACCACGGGGCUGAUGGAGUACUGCCUGGAGGUCAUCAAGGAGAAUGACCCCAGUGGUUUCCUGCAGAUCUCCGAUGCUUUGAUCCGGAGGGUUCACGUGACGGAGGGCCAGUGGGGGAAGGGAACCCUCACCCCGAGGAUGAACAGCGACUUCGACCUCACCCUGGACAGCGGACCCCUCCUGCAGACCAUCCACCAGCUGGACUUUGUCCAGAUGAAAGUCCCAGCUGCUCCCAUGCUCCAGCUGGAGGAAUGCUGCACCCAGAACAACAGCGCCACAUUGUCAUGGAAACAGCCACCGCUCACCACCAUCGCCGUGGAGGGAUACAUCCUGGAGCUGGACGAUGGAAACAUGGGGCCUUUCAGGGAGGUGUACGUGGGGACGGAGACCAUCUGCACGGUGGACGGGCUCCACUUCAACAGCACGUACAAGUCCAGGGUGAAGGCCUUCAAUGGCAGCGGAGUGGGCCAGUACAGCAAGACGCUGAUCAUGCAGACCUCUGAGACUGGACUCCCUCCAUGUGAUAUUCAGUCUAUAGGCACAGUCGCUUGGUUCACCUUUGACCCGGCAUCCGCUCACCAGGACAUCAUCCUCUCCAACGACAACCUGACGGUGUCCUGCAACAGCUACGACGACAGAGUGGUUAUGGGUAACUCUGCUUUCUCCCGCGGCGUCCAUUACUGGGAAAUGACCGUCGAUCGCUAUGACAACCACCCGGAUCCGGCCUUCGGCAUCGCUAGGGGCGACGUGCUGAAGGACGUGAUGCUGGGGAAGGACGACAAGGCCUGGGCCAUGUACGUGGACAACAACCGCUCCUGGUUCAUGCACAACAACUCGCACACCAACAGUCUUUUCUCUGUGUGCAGGACGGACGGCGGCAUCGGUAAAGGAGCUACAAUAGGAAUUCUGCUGGAUUUCACACGCGGGAUCCUCAUCUUCCUUAUCAACGAUGAGCAGCAGGGUCCGGUGGCUUUUGAAGCCUUGGAGGGCGUCUAUUACCCCGCUAUCAGCCUCAACCGAAACGUCCAGAUCACACUGCACACUGGUCUUCCCAUCCCUGAUUUCUACACCGCCGGGGAGGCAGAUCCCACUGGCUCCGUGUGCUAAAACCUCUGCAGGAUCACCCAGGGUCCAUGCUGCCUGUCAAUGACUAUGAUCCCACCAUCACACUCCUCUGGUCCCCCGACCCUCUGACCCCACCACUCUCUGCAGUCCAUCCAGUGCUGAGCCAUGCCUUUAAGAUGCCUAAACCGUGGACACUUGGACCACCCGCACAACAAACACGGGCCCUGCUUAGGGAUCUGUAACUUGUAAUUCGACGUUUUACGGAUAAUCCGUAGGGUUGAUGUCCCGUUGAGUCCUCCUCAUAGUUCCUGAUUUAUGUCCAGAGUUAAUAUCUACUUUAGUUUGAAGUUUCAUAAAUGGGGGUUUGAGAGUUAGAUGAGAAGGUUGACACCUCUGUGGUGUUUGUAGGCUACAUGUGAGGCAACCGUUAGUCCGUGAGCAUGAAGAAUGGGAACCGGGGGAAGCAGUGAGUUAAAAGUUCAAGGGAAGUGUACAAACAAUAUGUUGUGGCUUUAAGGGUACAAACUAGUCACGUAACAGCUAAUAAAGCCAUAACGUCCCAUUUUUACAUUUAGAUUUUUAACAAACUAAAUAUAAUGUGUUCAUUUGUAAGCUUUAGGAAUGCUGGUAGAUGGAUUUUAUUACCUUUGGAGGAAGCCAGAUCAGCUGUUCCAGUCGGUUUGUAGUGAUUUAGCGGAGCUAAGCUGCCUGUCAGCUACGGCUUCAUGUUUAACAUGUUGAUUUAGACAAAGAAGCCCCCCAUCAGACGAUCAACACGCAUCUUAUUCUUCUUUUUAUUUCAUCACAAUUUCCUGUAUGUUGCUGUUCCUGCCAUCAAUUCUCCCACAUUUAAAGCGCCACAGAGGCCGUGAGACGCCGUCUCCUCCGUGUUCGUGCGAGAGGCCCAGACAGAUGUGUCCGGACUGCUCAGCAGCUGCAACGAUCGCCAACUCCCAGCACUGUCGUGUCCUCGUCCGCGUGUGAGUCGCUUCUCUUAGUGGCUCCGCUCGUGUGAUCCUUGCGUAUCAUCGGUAAAAAAAAAAUAAACAUGCCGCCUUUCUCUGCAGUGCAGCUCUAAAGACAGGAGGAAUGGAUUUUGGUGUAGUGGGUCAUAAAAAGAGGCGAUUCUGUGCGUUGAAGUGUGUUGUAAAUGGUUUAAGGGUGAUGACUGUGAAGCUCUUUGAAUGAGAGCAGCUUCGCUUCAUUCUAGCUUUUUUACUGUGGGUGACUGAAUCCUGGUAGUUUUGUAAGUUAUUUAAAUGAUCUAUUGCAAAGAGGUGUAUAGCUCGGUAAGUUAUAGAUGUUUAGACUUUUUCCAAUGAGAAGUCAUCCUUGUUCUUUUGUUUGAUGUAUAGUUAUUAGAGAAGGAAAGACUUGUGUUGCUUUGACAAUGUAGUGUGAGUUGGUUCUGAGAGCAGGUUGUAAAGCAGCAGGAAGGUGAUGAUGUACUGGGAUGCUGUUGUGGCGAUACGUUUGAGCAACAGCCUCCUCAACAGGCAACAACUCAGCGAUGCAGGCGGCUCUGUGAUGCUGUCCUUUGACGUCCAUAAUGUUUACUUCUGCCAUCAUUUUAGUUUAGCAUGUUAGUAUGCUAACAUUUGCCAAUUUGCAUUGCACGCAAAAUACAGCCAGGCUGUUUUGGGGAGUGUCUUAGGUUUUGCAGGUAGUUUAGUGAUAAAGUGUUUAAAUGAAAUGAAAUGUAUCCCCACUUACAACCUGUGGGGGGCGCGAGUGAGCAAACCGAAUGGCAUCGCAUUCCAGCCAACAGUUAUGAGACAUUUCACUCAAAACCACAAACGUGACCAUCACGUAAAAGUCAGGCGAUCACCAAAGUCACUGUGGUUCAUCCUCUGUGGAGCAUGAAUGUCAGUGGAACAUUUUUAGCUGAUUGGUUGAGUCGUCGUUGGGACAUUUCUCAGGAUAAGUGAGUAAAAGCCUGUAGGAUUCAUCCUGUAGGAGCAAUGAUAGUCACUGCAAAGCAGCCUGUCAAUUCAUUAGAUAGUUGUCACCUAAAACCAAAAAUGCUUGAGUCUUGGUGACGCUGGAGAAGAAAUGAGAAAAUUCAUCCUCUGGGCACCAUGAAUAUUUUUUUUGAGAUAUUCUUGACUGGACCAAAGUGGUGGACCGACCCAUCAACAUGGAAAAAGUAGUCAGAAUGUUAUAAGUCAGUUUGAGGGAACUGUUGCCCUCCAAGAAGCCCUGAAACGUUUCCCAGUGCAUCGUCUCCCUGGGAAGUACCGUACAUGUCGAGCACACGAGGGGCUCUUCUGUGUGAGCUUCAUGGAUGUGCCUUUUCCCCUCUUUGGUACCAACAAGAGUUAUGAAAACUUUGCUACAAACUAGAUCCAUUGCUUCAGCAGAGGCAACUGUAACAUCUGCGAUGCCUGACUUCACUUGCUGCUAUGUGUUUUUUCUAACGGCAAAAGGGCAAAGUCAACAAUAACCAUGUUUAUAGUGGAUAUAAUAACCGCAGUACCGGAGGGAAGAUUACGGUCAGGUGUCUUUCUUAACUUCAUGAAUCCUCUGUGAUUGUAUUUCGCCUGGAUUAAUAGUGAUUGUAAAUAAUCUAUUAUUGAUGUAUGAUUGCUAAAAUGGCUGCACACAGUAAACUUUAUAUUUUUCGGUAUGAUAUGCGCAUGUGUUCUGACGGUAAUAAACCAAACUAAUUCAGCCUUCACCAAGUUGCCCGGCCUUUGCUGAAGGCUGGAUUCAAGCUUUGGUUUAUGCAAUAUUUAAUUGGUGGUUUUUGAAGGGAGGCCUUUUGUCCGGUCCUCAUUAUAAUAAUAAACUACAAAAGCAGCCCAUUGAGCAGAAGCUCACUGAACUUUGAGUCAUGCAGAGACGAGUGCAGCCAUUAUCGCAGCAUUACACAACCCCAGAUUCCAGGUCAAAUAAACAAAAUGGGUUUAAUUCAUCCAAACAAUGUCCAGUAGGAGAUGACACACGUCUGUUUCUUUUCAACAAACAAAUAUAUUCUCGUUGAACAUUUUUUGGGUUGAAUAAGUAGUCAUAUUUUUUGACAUGUAAUUGUGUGUUUCUUUACUGGACAUAUGAGGGGGAUUAUUUUACAAAGUAUGUGAUUGUAACAUUUAUUAUUUCUAAACCAGCCAAAUACACUUUAUGGAUAUUAAACUUGGAUAAUUCACAGUCCAUCAUACGGCCUCGUCAGAAUUUUAUGAAUUAAUUAAGGACACACAGUCGCUGGGCGACACUGGGUGUUAUAUAUCCAAAUGUACAUACACAAAUGUGUGUGUGUGUGUGUGUGUGUGUGUGUGUGUGUGUGUGUGUGUGUGUGUGUGUGCGCGUGUUAUUUUAAAUUUUACCUCCAAAGUAAUUCUUUCUGACCUGUUUGAUCUGAGGUGGAAUGUCAUUCUGCUGUUAUUAUUUACAAUGAUGGUGAAAUAUUUCUCUGGAUAAUUAUGAACAUGAAAUUAACAUUGUUACAUAUUUGAUUUUAACCCAGUAGAAUUGUUAUGAUUGUCACGAUUAUACGUCCAUCAUUACCAUAUUACUGCUAUUCUUAUGAUGAAAUGAAGUGUAAAAUGAGCCUCUGUGUUUUUUUUGUAUGUGUAUAUAUUCAAUAAAUAGGUGUCAACAAGG